CGCUGUAAUCCCAGUGUAGCCUAAAUAAACACAAACCUAAGUAAUUUAGAACAAUUGUUAAUAGCAAUAUAUGACUAUAAAAGCGGGGAACUGAAAUAUUUACGAAAUUGUUGUAAAGCAUCGUUUGGUGUUAUACGUCGUUAGACCACAAGCUAAAGCAAAAUGUUCAAAUUCUUCGUAUUGCUCACCAUUUGCGCCACCCUGGUCUCGGCCAUGGUACGUGUGCCCAUCUACAAGAACCCCAAUUACCGCAGAACCCGUGACUCUGUGAAGACAGAGACCGCGUACUUGCGCGGCAAAUACCACGUGGCCACUCCACAAGGCGCCACUGAGCAAUUAGAUAAUUACUUAAACUUGCAAUACUACGGAAAAAUCACCAUCGGUACACCACCACAAGAAUUCUUGGUGCUCUUCGAUUCUGGAUCCGCCAACUUGUGGGUGCCAUCAGUCACCUGCCCCAUCAGCAACUUCGUCUGCCAUAUCCACAAACAAUAUAACUCUAGCGCUUCCAGCACUUAUGUAGCCAAUGACGAAAGAUUUUCCAUACACUAUAUGGCUGGAAGUAUGUCAGGAUUUUUAUCACAAGAUACCGUCAGAAUAGCGGGACUUGCCAUUAAAGACCAAAUAUUCGCUGAAGCUAUGUUGGAACCUGGUGAUAGCUUUGUUUACUCCAAUUUCGAUGGUCUUAUGGGUAUGGCUUUCCAGUCGGAUUCCAGGGACAACGUUGUGCCACCUUUCUGCAAUAUGUGGUCUCAAGGUUUGAUCACCAAAAAUGUAUUUUCUUUCUACUUGGCUCGUGCUGGCACCUCUUCUCAAGGUGGUGAAAUGAUUUUGGGUGGUUCCGACCCCAGCCUCUACAAAGGUGAACUCACCUACGUGCCCAUCACUGUACAGCACUAUUGGCAAUUCGGUGUGGACAGCGGAAGCAUGGGUGGUCGAGAUUUGUGCAUCGAUGGUUGCCAAGCCGUUGCCGAUACUGGUACCUCUCUCCUUAUUGCCCCAUACUACAGCUAUACGGUCUAUAAGGAUAUCGUGGAUCCCGAUGGUGACGGUUAUGUUGAGUGCGCGUCUGUCCAUAGUCUUCCAGAUAUCAAAUUGGUCAUUGGCGGCACAACCUUCACCAUUCCAGCAUCGCAAUACAUUCAGGAAUCUGAGGGAUAUUGCUCAUCUGCUAUUAGCUACAUGCAUACUGACUUCUGGGUCUUGGGUGACAUCUUCAUUGGUCUUUACUACACCGAAUUCGAUAUGGGCAAUAAGCGCAUUGGCUUUGCUCCAGUCGCAUAAACAGUUUAUGAGAAAAAUAUCAUUUUGUUUUAAUAAAAGUUGUUUGAGUUU